AGAAUCAAAUGGUCAGAAAGAAUCCUGGAUGGAAUUUGUCAGUUUUUCUGGGGAGAAGAAUCCCAAACCUUCCACAUUCCUGAGUUGUGUUUGGUUGCAGUUUAUGUUAGUUAGCAAACGACACUAAAAUCGGUGAGAAAUUAGGGAAAAGUGACUUAGACUAAUUCAAAGAAAACAGGAAAUCUUAAAUUAACUCCUCUUCCAAUAGCUGUGCCCCAGAUACUCACAGCUCCUGGACAGGUGCUGGCAGCCACGUGCGUGCAGUUGAGCAACAAUUCUCCGUGCUCACCAGGUGACAGAUGAGUUACAUUUGUUUCUGCCGCAGCACUUCUGGCUGUAACUCCUCUUGCUCACGGAUGUAUUUAUAGAACCCAGCCCAUUCUGCUUUGUUUCCUUACUAUGCUGUUGCUAGAGCCAGGGUUGGUUUGUACGUGUGUGCAUAAGUAAAACUGAAAUGCUGCCAGCACGCAGACCCUGAUGUGCUUUAUAGAACUGCAGGCCCUACCACUGCUACCUGGAGAACACCUGUGCCAAUUUUAAAGCAUGGUGUGGUGGUUGCAUGUAAGCAGAUAAAAGGAAACCUCCCUAAAACUGCAGUAGUGCAUUUCUGUAAGUCCCACCUGUAGGGCAGAGGAUGGAGCAAAGCUGAGUGUUGGCAGAGCGUGGCUCCUCAGGCAGAGCUUAGUCACUUCCUCCAGAGGGAGGGUAAACCCUCGGAGCUCCACUGAAGUCAAAUCAGAGUGUGAGGUCUGUGCUCAGCAGGGUGGGCUGGGCGCUGCGCGGCGGGACUGACUGCUGCAGAAACGAGGCCGGACCCCUCAGACCCCAACACCUGCAGCUCCCAGGAUGAUCCCAUCUCAGAGCAACUCCUGAGCAUCUCACUGCAGUCUCGUAGAUGAAGGGAAGCUCAGACAGCCUUCUCUGCGCCGUGUGCUGGGAAACUGUGGAGGAAAUUCUGGCUGCUCUCUUGCUCUUCGGUGAAUGUAACACCCCAGUGUCUGUCCUGGAGCUCUCCUCUCCCAGCAGGUCCCUGCAGGGCUGACUCGGCACUGUGGCACGGUGACCAGGUGUGACCUCGGUUUCCUGAUGCGCCCUUACUCACCCCAUCGGCGAUCUCACGAGACCCCCGUCAGCCCCAUGUGGCACUUGUGGGGCGUCUCUUCUCGCAGUCCCACAUGCAGCUGCAGGUGUGUCUGCGUUGUGGCGUCUAUCGGAGCACCCAGAAAUACCUGCACACAGCCAAGGCGUGUCUGGAAACCUGAUGCCUCAUCUCCGCCAUGUGGAGGCGGAGGGAGGAGGGCUGUGAGACAUGUCCCUUCUUGCUCACAACAGCUGAAAGCAGACAAGGCAGCUCACUGUAGCCCUUCUCAGCAGCGCAGGGCAUCCCGGUUGCACCCCAGGGGCGCCGCCAGCCGCCGGGACCCUGGGUGGGUGGCAGUCCCGCAGCCACCGGGCGAUGAACAUCGCAAGGAGAAGAGGCUUCUACAGACAGGAGCUGAACAGAACCAUCUGGGAGCUGCCCAGGAGGUACACGUCCCUGCACCCUGUGGGCUCUGGGGCCUACGGUUCUGUCUGUUCUGCUAUAGACAAGAAGACAGGAGAGAAAGUGGCCAUCAAGAAGCUGUGCCGUCCAUUCCAGUCAGAGAUCUUUGCCAAGAGAGCAUACAGAGAGCUCAUGCUCUUGAAGCAAAUGCAGCACGAGAACGUCAUUGGACUGCUCGAUGUCUUCACCUCUUCCCCUUCCUACCAUGGAUUCCAAGACUUCUACCUGGUGAUGCCAUACAUGCGGACAGAUUUACAAAAGAUCAUGGGACAUGAAUUCAGUGAUGAAAAGAUCCAGUACCUGGUCUACCAGAUGCUGAAAGGGUUGAAGUACAUUCAUUCUGCUGGAAUCGUCCACAGGGACCUGAAGCCAGGGAACCUGGCUGUGAAUGAAGACUGCCAGCUGAAGAUCUUGGACUUUGGCCUGGCAAGACACGCUGAUGCUGAAAUGACAGGCUAUGUGGUCACGCGCUGGUAUAGAGCUCCAGAAGUCAUUCUGAACUGGAUGCAUUACAACCAGACAGUGGAUAUCUGGUCUAUUGGCUGCAUCAUGGCAGAAAUGCUGACUGGGAAAACGCUGUUUAAAGGAAAAGAUUACCUUGAUCAGCUGACUCAGAUCCUGAAAGUAACAGGGUAUCCGGGAGACGACUUUGUGGAGAAGCUUGAGGACAAGGCGGCUAAAAGUUAUAUCAAGUCUCUUCCAAAAAUGCCCAAGAAGGAUCUGUCUGUGCUUUUCCCCAAAGCCAGUCCUCAGGUGGACUUGCUGGACAAGAUGCUGCAGCUGGAUGUGGAGAAGCGCCUUACGGCCACAGAAGCGUUAGCCCACCCAUACUUCGAUCAAUUCCGAGAUGUUGAGGAGGAGACAGAGGCACAACAGUCCUACGAUGAUUCUCUGGAACACGCAAAGCUUUCAAUAGAAGAAUGGAAAAAGCAUAUCUACAAGGAGAUCUUAUCCUUCAGUCCAAUUGCACGGAAGGACUCCAAGAAGCGAAGUGGAAUGUCACUGUAGUGACUGGUGCGGCUGUGACCAGGAUUUAUGUCUCAUGCUGGAUGACAGAUGGGAUUUGUUCCACACUGCCUCCUUUGUAGCCAUCAAUUGGCCUAUGGGACUUCUCUGUGUGUGAACAUGAUGUCAACAUUGUGACUGUGGGCAUUGGACUUUCUCCUGCUGAUGGGGGAAGUACUCCUAAAUAAUUUUCAACUCUAAAGAUAAAUAUUCUCUCACUGAAACUUUUGGAGAAAUUCCUGGUAUUUCUUCCCCUGUCUCCCUCCCCCCUCCCUCCAUACUACCUAUUUUUUGUUUCUCCUUUCUUUCUAAGCACAUGUUUUUGGACUUGAAUUAUGUGUAAGGUAAAUAAAAUAGUAAAAUUGUC